GUAUUGUGAUUUGGACAGGGAUGUCAGCUUUAACAGGUUAGUGGGAGAAAUUCCAAAUGACAUAAAAGGAAAGAAUUUGAUAUUCGUGUUUUUGAGUGGCAACAUGCUAAGUGGAAAUGUACCAGAUUCAAUCUUGAAGGAUGGACGUAGUAUUGAUUUUUCCUACAACAACCUUACAUGGCAAGGUCCUGAUCAGCCUGCUUGUCAGGAGAACAUGAAUCUAUACAUAAAUUUGUUUAAAAGCUCUCUGAAGGAGAACCCCUUAAAGAGAAUUCUUCCAUGUAUGAAGGAUUUCAAUUGUCCAAGAUAUGGAUGUUCGUUACAUGUUAACUGUGGUGGAAAUGAUUUGACUACGAAAGAAAAUGAUAAAAAGGUUUUGUACGAAGGAGAUGCACAAGUCGACGGUGGCGCGGCAAAAUAUUUUAAUAGUAUAAAUAGUUAUUGGGGUUUCAGUAGCACCGGGGACUUCAUGGAUGAUACUGAUUACCAAAAUGCACGUUUUACUAAAGUUGUUCCAUCAACAAACUUCUCUGAAUUGUAUAGGACGGCACGCAUUUCGCCUCUUUCACUCACUUACUUCCGUUACUGCUUAGAAAAUGGGAAUUACACUGUUAGUCUGCACUUUGCUGAAAUACUUUUUACAAAUGACAAUACAUAUAGCAGUCUUGGGAAGCGAAUAUUUGAUAUUUAUAUUCAGGGACAAUUAGUUAGGAAGGAUUUCAAUAUUGAAGGUGUGGCUAGUGGGGCUCUAAAGCCAGUGAUAGAACAAUUCAAUACCAGUGUGACAGAUAAUAUCUUGGAAAUCCGAUUUUAUUGGGCUGGCAAAGGGACUACACGUAUUCCUAAGAGAGGUGUUUAUGGCCCCAUAAUAUCAGCUAUUUCGCUUAAUCCUAGUAAGUAAUUUGUAUAGCUUUCUUUCC